AUGGGAGAUCAGGGUAAUACUUCUGAAGAUGGUGAUGCAAGGUCAAACGUGUUUGAAAAUGCAUUACAGUCAUGGGUGGAGAUUGAUUUAUCCACGCUCCAGAGGAAGCUAGACGAACAAGGAUUAGAAAUAAAGCAAGGACAAAAGGAUUCUCUUUUGAGUCGCAAGACUUUGGCAUCAAGAACAAAAGAGUUUAAGAAGCUAGAGUCAUCUGAAAAGUUGGAGCAGAUCAAGUCACUAUUGAAGUUGUAUCAGAAUGAAAUUGACAGUCUAACGACCAAAAAUAAGAAUUUGGAGAGCUAUUUUUUCGGCAUGUAUAGGUUGAUUGGAGAUGCCCCUGACCCGCGUCCGUUGUUGGAGAUGUCAAUUGAUUCAGUCAUUGAAAGUAAAGAAGCUGUUAGGCUAAAAAUAGAGCUAGCCAAAACCGAGGAAGAGUUGGCCAAAAGAGCCGAUUACGAACAAUUGAAACAGAGAUUACUACUGAAUGAACAGAGAUCAGCAGAGAUUUUGAGCAUUAAGCUCAAGGCGAAGGAGAAUGAGUGUCAAUCUUUGCUCGAGGAGAAGGAAGCAAAUUGGAAAGAAAAGGAAAAACAAUUUGAAGAUCAACUCCGCACUGCUCAGAAACAAAUUGAGGAAUUAAGGACAUCUAAGGAGGUGCUGGAAAUACGCCUCAAUAAUCAAAAUAAGAGCAAUGAACAUUACGAGGGAGCUUCCGCGUCAGUAUUGGCUGAACUAGAUAUGGUACGGAGAGAUGCGGAACUUUCGAAGAAACGAAUAUUUGAGUUGGAGAGGCGGAACGAGAGUUUAAGGCGUGACAUUACCCAGUCUCAAAAUGAUAUGGACAUAAAAGUAUUGCAGGAUAAAUGUGAUCAAAAAGUCAGCGAAAUGGAGAGUGAGAAUGUUUUACUUGUUGCAAACUUGAAUCAAAUCAGGAAGCAAAAGGAAGAAAUUGCUAAACGCUUAUCGUCCAAAAUAGAUUCUUUGGGUAGGGAAAAUGCGGUUAUGGCACAAGAAGUGAAAAAUUUGAAAUCAAGAUUGGACAAGACCUCUGACUACGAACAAGUGAAAGAAGAACUUCACCUUCUUCGCCAGAUUGAGUUUGGCCAUGGGGAAGAGGAUGAUGAUGCGACGACUAGCAAAGCCACCACCAAACUAGACUCCAUAGUCAUUGAAAGAAACAAAACAAUGACCAAGGAGCUUGCUCAGUAUAGAUCAGAGCAUGCCGAUUUGACAUCUAAAGUAAGUGAACUAGAGGACCAAUUGAAAUAUGUGACGGAAGAGCUUCGGUCUUCAAAGCAAUUGAAUGAGAAGUUAGAGAACGACUUGACUGAUUUACAGGAAAGCAAUUCUAGCAACAAAUUUAAUGAUAAUAGCAGUUUGAUUUCUGGUAUGAGCAGAAUCACAAGGUCUGCAAAUUUUCGAAAUGGUAGUAUAGUAUCAGGCAUUUCCGGAGAGAGAUUAGGUAAUGACGAUUCUUCUAUUUUACCCAUUAUAACGAAGCAAAGAGACCGAUUCAGGGAGAAGAACAAUGAGCUUGAAGACGAACUUCGCAAACUGCACAAUUUGAACAAUGAAUUGAAAAGACAAAUCAACACUUUAAAACAAGACAAUGAAGAGUUGUACGAAAGAGGAAGGUACUUGCAAUCACUUCAAACACCAGGCACACGAAAUAUCACCACGACUUCUUCCGGCAGGAAGUUUUUGAACCCCAAACCCAAUGUAUCGGACUUGGAAAGCAACCAUGUACGGUACCAGCAAGACUAUGAAAGAAAGCUUCAUCCGAUUGAACAAUUUAGAAUCAAAGAGCAAGAAAGAAUAAAUUCCCGACUUUCGCCGUUGGAAAGAUUAUUCAUUUCUUUAACAAGAGCUGUGUUGGCGACAAGAGCAACAAGAAUGAUUUUUUUCGUUUAUUGUUUGGGAUUGCAUGUUAUUGUGAUGGCGAUAACAAUAUAUGCUAUGAACUUGCAUUCUUCCUUGAUACCUGAAGUUGGUUUGAAUUUGAGUACAGGGGGAAAGGCUAUGAAUCAAGUACAGGGGGAAAGGCUAUGA